UUCUUGUCUUCACAAAGUAGUCUUAAAAUAUAUUUAGAAAUGAAUUUGUUUUCAGAUAAUCUAUUAAAAUGUAUGUCACAAAGAGUAUAAAAGCCGGUCACGCUGACCUUAUUCACGAUGUUGCAUAUGAUUUCUACGGGAAGAGGAUGGCGACCUGUUCUUCUGAUCAGCAUGUCAAGAUUUGGGACCAGGAUGACACAGGUGCCUGGAGCUGCAGUGCUAGCUUUAAGACCCACUAUGGAUCAGUCUGGAAGGUGACCUGGGCUCAUCCAGAAUUCGGUCAGGUUAUUGCCACCUGCUCAUUUGACCGAACAGCUGCUGUUUGGGAGGAGAUUGCUGGCGAGAAAACAGGAGUUGGACAAAACCAUUGGAUUAGAAAAACUAGCUUAGUGGACUCCAGAACCAGUGUAACAGAUGUGAAGUUUGGACCUAAACAUCUUGGUUUAAUCCUGGCUACAUGCUCAGCAGACGGCACUGUUAGAAUAUAUGAGGCCCCUGAUGUCAUGAAUCUGUCGCAGUGGAGUCUACAACAUGAAAUACAUUGUAAAAUUCCUUGCUCUUGUAUCUCCUGGAACCCUUCUCUAUCCCGUCUACAUCCUCCCAUGCUGGCUGUUGGGUCAGAUGAGUCAGCUUCCACAGGACCUUCCCAGGGAAUGGUUUCUGUGUACGAAUAUACAGAAAAUGCUCGACAGUGGAAGAAAGUGGAAACAUUUAGUAACAUUACAGAUCCUGUACACGAUAUAGCCUUCGCUCCUAAUAUAGGCCGGUCCUAUCAUGUGCUGGCUGUAGGAAGCAAAGAUCUUAGAAUUAUCACACUUAAACCUAUUCAUGGAGACUCUAAAGACGAGCCAGGACGGUUUGAAAUUCGGCAAGCCGGGCAGUUUGACGAUCACGGGUCGGCGGUUUGGCGGGUUUGUUGGAAUAUUACUGGAACUAUCUUGGCAACAUCAGGGGAUGACGGGAUGGUAAAACUGUGGAAGGCGAACUACCUGGACUUAUGGAAAUGUGUUUCUACCUUGAAAUGUGACGGUCAACAGGCAGAAAAUAACAAGGAUGUAGACCUCGGCAAACUCGGAUUUAAGAAGUUAUCUAUUCAACAGACUGGGCAGGGCUGGCACUAACACUUACCUGACGGCAUCAAGAAGAAAUGCGCGAGAAAUAUUUGUGAAAAAUCUCAACAUAAAAUAUUAUCUGCAUUUAAGACUAAAUAUUAAUGUUCUAUCUAUAUUAUGUUGUAUACCCGCUUUAUUCAGAUCUCAAAUAUUUCUUGGCAAAGAUCUAAAAUCAUGAUUUAAAACUGGUUUUAUCUGGGAGGAAACUUAAUUAUAUUUUUUGACGCGUGUCUACAGAA